AUCAAUGCUCGUUAACACUUUUUUAACACCUCUUUGCAAAAUUAGGUCAAAAAGGAAUGAAAAAAAACCCCACAAACACAUGGAGUUCAUCCACGUCAACAUGUGUGCGGCACGUGUUUACCGCGCUUGUCAGAAUACGCAUACCAUUGUACCGCGAACACAGCGAAGACGCUGCUACGCUCGACACGAACAGGUUCUUGCGGUUUAGAUUCUCCAGCAUUGCUGUGUAUUGCGUCGCUACGAUUUCAGCGUACGCGUUUAUUUAUUCUUGCUAAUUGUUUUCAUCUUUUCGCACGCGUCGCCGUUUUCGACCGUGCCCAUUGACGCUAAACGGACCGGCCGCUUGUGGGGUGUGAUUUCAAUUCGACUUCUACUUUCGGUGGUGCUGUGUUGCCUAGUGGCUUUGCCGUCGGCGAGCUAAUUGUGUUAAAUUGUCUGUUUGUCCUAAACCAACAUGUCGUGGUACUAUACGCCCCACCCGACCGUUGUGCCGGCGGAAGACUUCGAUGCAUCGGCCGACGCCAAUGCACUCCGGAAGGCGAUGAAAGGUUUCGGCACGGACGAGCAGGCCAUCAUCGACAUUCUCUGUGCCCGUUCGAACGGUCAGCGGCAGGAGAUAGCGGAAGCGUUCAAGCGUGAAUUGGGCAGGGAUUUGAUCGACGAUCUCAAGUCGGAGCUGGGCGGCAAGUUCGAGGACGUCAUCCUGGGGCUGAUGCUGCGCCCGGAAGCGUACCUGUGCAAGCAGCUGCACAAAGCGAUGGACGGUAUCGGGACCGACGAAAAGUCGCUGAUCGAAAUCAUCUGCCCGCAGACGAACGAUCAGAUACGGGCGAUCGUCGACUGCUACGAGGAGAUGUACAGCCGGCCCCUGGCCGAGCAUCUGUGCAGCGAAACGUCCGGCAGCUUCCGCCGGCUGCUGACCAUGAUCAUCGUAGGAUCGCGCGAUCCGCAGGGCACGGUCGAUCCGGAGCUGGCCGUCGAGCAGGCCAAGCAGCUGUACGAUGCGGGCGAGGGCAAGCUCGGCACGGACGAGGAAGUGUUCUACAAGAUACUGGCGCACGCCUCCUUCGACCAGCUCGAGAUAGUGUUCGAGGAGUACAAAAGUUUGUCCGGCCGUACGAUCGAGCAGGCACUGAAGGCGGAACUGAGCGGGGAGCUUUAUGACGCGCUCAGCGCGAUCGUGGAGUGUGUCCAGAUGGCACCGCACUUCUUUGCCAAGCGGCUGCACAAAGCGAUGGAUGGCGUGGGUACGGACGACGCAACGCUGAUCCGGAUCAUUGUGUCGCGGUCGGAGAUCGAUCUGCAGAACAUUAAGGAUGAGUUCGAGCAGAUGUACAACAAGACGCUGGUCAGUGCCGUGCGGAGCGAAACAUCCGGCGACUACAAACGGGCGCUCUGUGCUCUGAUCGGAAAUGCUUAAGCACGAGCCGCCGCGCACAGGCCGAGCAUCUUCUCCAUGAUGAAUUGUUUCUAAUCAAGUAUUCUGAACAGCGCGUACACGAAAGCAUGCCUUUUUAUUAUAAUACCACCCCCUCACCCGGGUUUUGGGAGAAUGUGUGUCAAAUUUCUUGUUUAUCAAUAAAGAUUUUAAUCACACUCUAUCGCAAACAAAAACAUUUAUAA